AUUCGCGCUAGAUAAACAGACCAGUAAGACUUUACGAUGAAGUUUAAAACGAUUCUGGUCCUUCUGAGCGUGGUGCAAGCGGUUUGGUGUUCCGAUAUAGCCGGUGUGAAAACAUCGGAAAAAUUUGAUCACUCGGUACUUUUAGAUACAGAUAGAAACUACAUACUGUUUUGGAAUUUCAAUGAUACGCACGUGACUUUUGAGGUGCACGUGCGCACAAAAGGAUGGGUGGGCUUUGGUUUCUCAGGCAAUGGCAAUAUGUAUCCAGGUGAUGUGGUAGUCGGAUGGGUCAAAGAUGAUGGUUCAGUCCACUUUGCAGAUCGUCACACAGUUGGUCACAGAAUGCCAGUGAUUGACAAGUCUCAGGACUGGAAGCUAUUGUUUGGUGAAGAAAAUGAGUUUGGUACGGUACUCAAAUUUAUCAGGAAGAUAAAUACUUGUGAUGAUGCCGAAGAUGAAGUUAUUCAGGAGGGUACAAAUCGAAUUAUAUUUGCUUAUGGGGAGCAUGACCCUGCCGAUGACAACUCCAUAAAUUACCACGGAACUACCAGGGGUACAAAGAGUGUUGCUUUACUCAGCCCGAACCCUGUCAACGACAACCUUCCGGCCGACAGCAGACAUUUCGAUUUCUUGAAUGCAAAUUACCUGGUGCCAUCAGAUACGACGACAUACUGGUGUAGAGGAUUUAAGAUGCCACCAAUAGGAAAACAUCAUAUGAUCAAGUACGAAGCUGUCGUUACGGAGGGAAAUGAACUGAAUGUUCAUCACAUUCUAUUGUACCGAUGCAAUGUGGACAACCCUGACCAUUGGGAUGGCAAAGAAGGUAUUUGCUACCACCAGCAUAGAACACUACCGCAGUGUUCAAAUAUUAUCAUUGCAUGGGCAAUAGGUGGCGAGCCAUUUUAUUUCCCCGAUCACGUGGGUUUCUCUAUUGGUGGGCCAGAAGAUGAAGCGUUCUAUAUCAUGGAGACGCAUUACGACAACCCUACCCGGAAGUCUGAUAUGAUUGAUGAUUCUGGAAUCCGAAUUACUAUAACACCAACGUUGCGUCCGCAGGAGGCCGGCAUGUUAGAAUUGGGUCACGUGGUCAGUUACUUCCAAGUGGUACCACCAGGAAUAAAUAACUUUGUUACGAAAUCAUACUGCAGUUCCCAGUGUUUAUCUCAGGGAUUUACUCAGAGCAAUUUGACAGAAGUCAAGAUCAUUGGCGCCCUCCAACAUUCGCAUUUGCUUGGAGUUGCUAUGAAAACAAGACAUUACAGGAAUGGUGUCGAGCUUAAACCUCUUAUGACGGACCCACACUAUGAUUUUGAUUUCCAAGAAGUCCGAAUGUUGCCGAAGGAAGUCCCCGUGUAUCCGGGUGAUAGUUUCCAGGUUGACUGCACUUAUGACUCGACAAGUCGCUCCACAGUAACCGAGGGCGGUUUGUCCACACGGGAAGAAAUGUGCUUGACGUUUGCAUAUUACUAUCCGAAAAUGAAGGUUGCAAACUGCCUGUCUCAGCCAACUUACGACAAUUUUCCAUUUGACUACCAUCAGCUGAAUCACAUAAUACACACCGUUGACUGGCACAACAAGACUGUGGUUGACUUCUUUCUGUCUCAUAUCGACAAGAGUAGCGUGUAUGAGGUGUGCGAUGGACCACAUCUUAAGCCACAUCCGUAUCAUGUUUAUAAGCCAAGUGAGCCGGCACAUCCUUAUGUUCCUCCUCAACCCGACUGCUCGUGAUUCUCGUGCUGACAACACAGACAACAUAUACUGACUAAAGUUUCAGAUGCUGAUUCAAAUGUUCGUUUUGCAUUAAGUUCAAAUAAAGACAUUGUUCUGCGUAUAUACUGAUAAAUAUAACUAAUGUUUGUCUAAUUAGUAAAUUAUGAUUUUUUUUUCAUAUUUAUAUUUUGAUUAAAAUUUUGUUAUUUAAAACUGAAAACAUUUAACCACGCUUGAAUAUGUUGUAUUGUUGAUUAACUAUAUAACUGUUCAACACAUUCUGUGGAUAUAGCAAUGUAUAUCAUAAUAAAAUAUCUUAGUAUUAUAAACCUUACUGUCUGUUUAAACAUUAAGACAGUUUAUAGGGGUCCAUCAUACUUUUUUGUUAGAUAAAUUACAGUUUCAAAGCUUUAAAAUAUAUUUAUGCCUAAGACACGCAUAUUUUAACGUUACUGGUAAUAUGUUCUAAUUAGACUAUUUUUUCCUAAAUCCUUUCGAUUUCGAUUUAGGUUUAAAUGUAUAAUCUAAUGAUCAGUUAUUUGGAUAAACACAAAUACAUGAGAAAUGUCUAUAAUAAUCUAUCAAUGUUCUAGGCUUUUCCAGCAUGUAUAAUAUUCGAUUUCAAGACCAGCACUACGAAACAUUAACUUGCCGUUUGCCAUCGCAUAUGCCUCAAACAAAAUUUAAAGCUACAUGUAAAUCCGUUCAUGCUGUUAAACAUUUUAAUUCAUAUUUGAUAUUACAGGAGUAUCUUUUUAUAUUGAAUUAAUUAAACAAGCUGAAUAAAAUAAAAUGCGAACUCAGCUGUAUAUUUUAUCAUUUUAUUCAAUGAGUUUAAUGAAUCCAAUGUGGAAAGAAUCACGUGUAACAUUUUUUUAUCACAUGUUACUUUUUCAUCUUUCUUGACCUAUUAUAAAGCGAGUUAAUUCGACCAACUUCUUCUAUCCUUUAAAUGACUUCAACCUCAGAAAGCUAGCUUUAACAAUUAUGUAAUUCCAAAUCAUGUGAUAGGCUAGCUUUAUUUUUACCCUCCCGAUUUCAUACAUGUAAUAAAGUAAUACUAUGUACUCUAUGUAAAAAUAAAGAAUAUACUUAUCUGUC